AUGUGCGCCGCGCACUACUCCCAUGCGGCCGCGCCGCCGGUCAACUACACCGACACCGCGUCGAUCGGCGCGAAGAAUGUCCUGACCACCGUGCACCACCAUGUCGUGUCGACGGUGGAGUUCCUCAAUCGCUUCUCAAGCGUCUGUGAGGAGAAGCUUCGCCGUACCAGCCUCUCCCUGCUGGAGAUCAAGCUCGACUCGAUUGCCGGCGGUGGUGGUGCCGCGGCCGGCACCCCCGCCGCCCCGGCCGCCCCGGCCGAUGGCUCGUCCGCUCCGCCGCCGCCGCCGCCGCCGCCGGGGCCCGGUGCGCCGCCUCCGCCGCCUGGCGCGGCGGCGCCCGCUGCUCCGCCCGAGGCCCUCCCCGUGGAGGAGGCGGCCCCGGCCGGCGCCGCGUCCGGUGGUGUGCCCGCCAGCCAGGACCCCCGCUACAAGAAGUUCUUCCACCUGAUCAAGGUGGGCGUCCCGCCGUCCUCGCUGCGUGCCAAGGUCCUGGCCGAGGGGCUGGAUCCGAAUGUCCUCGACCACCCCGACGACCCGGUCCCCGGCGGCAGUGGUGGCGCCCUCCCCCCAAGCCCGCCGGCCCCCCUGGACAGCGACGACAUGGGCUCCUCCUCGGGGUCUGACGAUGACGGCAUCGGCGCGCCGCCGCCGCCGCCGCCGCCACCGGCCGCCGCCGCCGACUCCCUGUCGGACAGCGAGGAUGCCGAUAGCGAUGGUGACCUGGUGUCGCCCAUUACCCCCGGCCCUCCGGCCCCGAGCAGCGCUGGCGGCCUGGACUCCGGAUCGAUCGCCUCGCUGGCGGCGGCCAUGGCCGCCCGUCGGUCGGCCCCGCCCACCCCGAGCGUGUCGCAGCCGCCGCCGCCGCCGCCGCCGGCCGCGAAUGACGAUCUGCUGGCCUCCUCGGACGAAGAGCCGGCUGUGGUGUCGCCGCCGCCGCCGGUGCCGCCGCCUCCGGCCGCCGCCGACGCCCUGCCGCACAUCGUCCUGCCGGUGGUCCAGGCGCCGGCCGAUCUGCUGGCCUCCUCGGAUGAGGACCCCCCCUCGGCCGGGCCGCCCCGGCUGACGAUCUCCACCGCGCCGCCGGCCGUGGCCAUCCCCCCGCCGAGUGUGCUCCUUUCGCCGACCAUGCGCUCGGCCGGGGCACCGGCCUUCGAUGACUUCCCCCCCUCGGAUGAUGAUGAUGACGAGCCCUUCAUGUCGCCGGGCGGCGCGCCGCCGCCGCCGCCCCCGGCCGCGGCCGUGGCCACGCCCGUGUCGGCCUCCCUGGUGCCCGGCCCGCCGCCGAUGUUCCUCUCCGACUCCGACAGCGGUGACAACUGGGGCACGUCGGACUCCGACUCGCGGCCGGUCCCGCGCGUGUUCUAA